AUGAAAUCCUUUUUCUCAGCAUUAGGAAUCAAUUCCAAGAUGAGUAUGUUAACAGUAGAAGAAUGUGAAUUACUGAGUGAUUCGAAAUAUCGUUCCUAUAUAAAUCAAGUAGAUAAAGCAUUAAAAAGUUUUGAAUAUACCAGUGAAUGGGCUGAUUUGAUUUCAGCUUUAGGAAAACUUAAUAAGGUAUUGUUGUCACAUAUUAAAUACCCUGUUAUACCAAAGAAAGUGACCAUUGGUAAGAGAUUAGCCCAGUGUUUACAUCCUGCUCUACCUAGCGGAGUUCAUCUGAAGGCAUUAGAAACCUAUGAUAUCAUAUUCCGAUGUAUCGGUACACAAAGAUUGGCUCAAGAUUUAUUUGUGUACAGUGCUGGAUUAUUCCCCUUGUUAAAUCAUGCUGCUAUGAGUGUGAAACCUGUAUUGUUAACGGUUUAUGAGAAACAUAUAGUGGCUUUAAGCAAACAUAUUAAACCUGGUUUAAAUGGUUUAUUAAUUGGUUUACUACCUGGUUUAGAAGAAGGUGCUGAAUUUUAUGAUAGAACCAAUUUAUUAUUAGAAGAAUUCCGUGAUGCAGUCAAUCCUGAGUUUUUCUAUACAUGUAUGUGGGAGUGUGUUUUAUCUUGUCCUAGUGUCAGACUACCAGCCAUUACUUUUCUACUCUCACAUUUUAACAAGAAGAAAUCUAUGGAAGAUCAACUUCCUAUGAUGGGCCUAAAUAUCGACUUAAUGGUGCAAGCACUAUCUAGUUCUAUACAAGACAGCAGUGUAUUAGUACAACGAAGUUCUUUAGAUUUUCUUCUACUAGCAUUUCCCAUGCAUAAUGCACAACUUACCAAAUCAGAUACUGCUAUAAUAGUACAAGCUGCUAUCAAUGUAGUCUUACGACGUGAUAUGUCAUUGAACAGACGGUUGUAUGGCUGGUUAUUAGGGACUAAUGCUCCAUCAUCCAGUCUUCCAGAAGGAAUUCGUCUAGUACGGUCAGACAGUACAUCUACUAGUAGUGAAAUGGAUUUAAGUUACUUUCAACAUUAUUCUAAAGAUUUAUUAGUACAAGCUAUUAGAAUGAAACUAGCGUACCCUGACGACUGUGAAAUGAAACUAGCUGGUGUUUCUAAUAUGAUGAAACCAUUCAGAAUUAUUAUAAGUUUAUUAGAUAAACCUGAAAUAGGUCCAGUUAUUAUUGAUCAGGUCUUAAUGUCGGUAUUUAAGUGUUUAUACAAAGAAUGUCAAAAAGAAGGUUUAAACAACAAAAACAUGAAACGUACUAAACCGAAAUUGAAACGUCAAGAUAGUGGAGGUGAUAAAGGUCCAGCAGCUGAAUUGAUUAAAACUGCUAAUCUAUUAUUCGGAUCAUUUGAACCGUAUUUUAUUUGGGAUUAUUUAGCACGUAUGUUUGAUCUAGCUUGUUUAAAUGCUAGUGGUGAAAGUAUUGAAAAUGAUAAACAUGAUGAUCUGGUUAUAACAGAAUUGUGUGAUAUAGGCGAAUUCUUAUUGGACAUUAUUUCGUUGGAAACGUAUCAAGAAACUCAAACUGAGCACCUUCCAGAAUUAUUACGUCAUAUAAUAUCAUCUGUUACUACAUACUGUCAUUCUAUAACAGAAUAUGAUAUAACCUCUACAUUAAAACUCUGUAGUAAAAUAUUCACCAGAGUACAACCAUCAGUAGCUGUAGUAGAUUUAGAAGAUCAAGACAGUUUUAGUAUAAGUGGAGUAGGAGAAAUAUUUGAAGAUGUCUAUAGAUUAAAACUUGAAAAAUUAAAUGGAGACAAAUCUGAGCCAACCCCUGAAAAAAAAAAUUCUGAGAAAGACAAAGAAAAUAAUAAUGAAAAUCCUGACAAGAAACCAGCAUUGCCUGAUAGAGAUUCUGGAAUUUCUUCAUCAUAUUCUAUUAAACAAUUAGGCACUGGAAGCGCCAAUGAAGGAAAGACAACUCCAAACAAUGAAAAAAUAGUAACAGUUGGUGAAAAUGAAAGUAGCGAUAAAGAAGCAGAAGACAAGGGUGAUGUUUAUUUCAGUGCAGAAGAAAGUCCAGUCAAGAAAGCUUCAAAUUUAGAGGAUAGGAAAAGUGAUAUUGAGAAAUCUGGAGAGGAAUCAAAAUGUAAGGAACACAAAGAUGGUGUCAAGGCAACAGUAGACACAGUUAAUGAUGCAAAGAACAUGAACACCACAGACCAGGCCAAAGAUACUAGCAAGAAAUCCAUAUUAAAGAAAUCCUACUCAAGUGACUCCCGUACUCGUAAAGGGAGUGUUCGUUUGACCACUAUGCAAAGUUGUAUAGACAGUUACUUAGAACUAUUCCACACCUUAAUCUGUGAUAAAAUAUUGAAAAGUUUUACUGUGUCUGCAAAAUGUAUGGAAGCCUUGAUCACCCAGCUUGAUCAUACUAAAUUAAAGGAGAAUGAUUCUGUUCUGGAUAAUAAUUCUACAUCAGAAUUUGAAGAGUUUGGUAGUAAAGAUUUGUCUGGUCUUGAGAAGUUAAAGAUUUCACCAGCAAGUUUAAGUGAAGCCAGUUACCAAGCGUUUGAUAAAGCUUGUCGUUUGCUGGUUGAUUUUGCUAGUUUCCCAAUUUAUUGUACAGAUUUUAUUAAACUGAUGGGACAAACUAUGGAAGAUGAGCCUGAUUUUAGUUUGCCAAAAUGGUUGGAAGAUUUGAUUACCUGUAGUUGUUUUUUCCAAAAGUUUGAUAUCCAAACAUCAGCUAUAUCGACAAUGUUGGAUCUGAUUAAUUUAACACAAUCUUUACAAUCAGAAAGUGAAAGUAAAGGACAAAAUUUCCAGUCUACUAAUGAAGGCCGUAUAUCUGUUGUUAUACUGCCAGCAUUAUUACCAAGUCAUCUGAAAUUUAUCAACUAUAAUACCAUGUUCUUUCAGGUUGUUGCUGGUGAACUAUGGCAGCAUCUUGGAGAGAAAACUAGUUCACGGCACCAGAAAAGUGUGGAAUUAUUUUAUUUCUUACAUCAAGUAGCACCAAGUUCUUGGAUCUGUGAAGAUACAGUAGGUUCAGCAUUAGUAGCCACUGAUGAGAAAACCAGAAUAGAAGCAUUUAAAAGGUUUACUGUAUUAUGGCAUUUGACAAGAGAUGGUAAAUUAGAUGUUAAGCCUGGAGCUGGUAUUAGAACAUUCGAUAGGUCCAUGUUUGUAGUAUUAGAUAGUUUAAAAGAAGAAUCAGGAUCAACUAAAACUAUAGCCACUACCUGGUUAACACAUUGUGUACAGAGAGGUGAUAUCAGUCGUGUAUUACAACCUAUUUUAUUGAUGUUACUACAUCCUGAUACGGCCAGCCAGGUUAGUCGUGUAUUACAACCUAUUUUAUUGAUGUUGUUACAUCCUGAUACGGCCAGCCAGGUUAGUCUUGUAUUACAACCUAUUUUAUUGAUGUUAUUACAUCCUGAUACAGUCAGUCAGGUUAGUCUUGUAUUACAACCUAUUUUAUUGAUGUUAUUACUUGUAUUACAACCUAUUUUAUUGAUGUUAUUACAUCCUGAUACAGUCAGGAUAUCUGUUCAACAUGUUAAUAUACAUGAACCAAGGAAAGUUAGAUUAUCAGAAUGUAGUGAAGAAGAGGAUGUAGAAACUAAGAUCUAUGCUAUAAGUAGUGAUGGUGGAAAUGUCAUAUACCAUGUUAGUAACGAGGGUAAGAAAUAUCAGACCAUACCUAUAGAUCAUAUACCAUCAUAUGAUAUAGCUGUCACUAAUGGAAGCGCUGGUGCCUCAACGGCACCAGUCAGAACUAGUUCAGAACCAGAAAUGUCUUUUGAACGUGUCAAUCCUGAAAAUUUGAAAUUACGUUUCAAUCCUUUUGGUUCUGAUCAUUCAUUGGAUAGAUUGAUCUAUGAUGAUAUACCAACUCCUAGACCAGAUAUAGGUAAUGCUAAAAGAUUAGAUAAAACUACAUGCCAGAAGGAAGGGAUAUAUUUUGAUGGUGAUGAACGAGAUGAAGUGAUAGAAGGAAGCCAUGAAGAGACCAGUGAAUCUAGUGAGAAAGAUUCUUGUUCUAGUGAAGAUAUAGUUAGGCAGAUACUUGAGGAUUUGAUCAGUCAAGCUGUGGGAACAGAUGCUUCUGAAGAUCUGAAACCUGUUCUGAAACAUAGCCAUCAAAGAUUAGGAAGUAUUACAUCUCAUGAAAGUCAUCUUGGUGAUGAAGAACAACUGUUGAUAUCCAUGGAUAAACAGAGUAAUGGUAUGGAUUCCAUGUCUGGUAGUGAAACUGACUUAACACAUACUAGUCAAGAUAAAAACACAAGUGGUGUUCACACAUUACACAUGCACUUAUUGCUAUAUUCCCAGAAAUAUGACUAUGAAAGAACUCUCUAUGCAUUAUCAACAUUGAAAGCUAUGUUAACAAUGUGUCCUCGCCUGAUUGUUACUGCACUCUCUACCACCAGUAUUAGUACCAUGAAUCCACCACAACUUGCAAACUUACAACUACUUUUGGCACGACAUCGAAAAUCUGUGUUCGGUAGAAACUUUUUUGGAGAAAUUCAAUCAGAAGUGUUGUCUAGUUAUCGCAGUAAUAUGAUUUUGGAAAUCUUUAUAUCGCUAUGUUUAUACUAUAUACGUAGUUAUUAUCCUAAUUUAAUGGUGAGCAAACUAAGUGCAGAAGAAUUAGCUGGUAAUAAAGAUGUCCAUAUUAUGGCCACUGAAAUUUUAACACUCCUGAUGUCCGAACUAAUCACCAUUAUACAAGAAAGUGGCAAAAAUUUCACAUUGUAUAUCCAUGAUUUAUUGACAAAGUGCAAGCUUCAAAAAGCUUUAUUGCAUUGUAUAUUAGCUAGUGUGUAUAAUUUCCGUCAAAAGGGCGAAGUUGACAGCGGAAUGAAAAUAACGGAAGCCAUUGUAUCGUUUAAUGAAGAUGAAAUUGAAAGUAGUGCUAAUGAAACAUAUCAAAUUAAACUGUUACGGUUAGUCCUAGUCAUGAUAAUGCUGGAGUCAAAGAUUUACACCUCCAGCAAUGAAGAGUCAAAUGAUUGGGAACGAGCAAAAUCUACAUUCCCUUCUACCUUGAUAAACUGUCGAUAUAACAUUGCUUUACCCAUAAUUCAACAGGGUAUGUUUUUAUCAGGAGUACUAAGUGCCUUAAAGCAACAUCAUAUGUCACAUUUACAUCGUCAUUGGGUUGCCAUGAUCACAUCUGCUCUACCAUAUAUGGGUAAAGCCACAUCCAAGGUUGUGCUUUGUGUUGUGUCACAGUUGUGCCGUAAUAUAGAAGUUUUAGCUGCAGAAUUUGAAUCCAAGAAGAGAACUGUACGCUUAACAAAAGUACCAGCAGAUCACCUGAUAACUAUAUUAGAAGGAUUAACAGCUAUAUGUCAUUAUUGUUUAUUAGACAAUGCUUCACCAGUAUCUAUUGGUCUACCAGCACCUACUGUUACUAAUAUAAGUACCGAAACAGCUAGUACUGGACAGAUUUUCUCUAAUCUAAUACAUGUCUUUAAUCCUAUACAGAACGUUAGGGAAGCCAGUCCAUUAAGAGAUAAUACUGCUAUGUCACCUGUUAUAGAAGCUAGAAGAAAUUUAUUAAGUAUAUUACCUAGGAUCAUGGCCUGUAUGGCUGUAAUGUGGAAAGCUCUAAAUACUGUUACUUCUGGUGAAGCUGAUCGGUUUACUCAAGCAAGACUGACCAUGGGCUCUCCUAAGAAAAUUCGUCAGCAUAUAUUGGAAUUUUUAAGCCCCCUAUCCUUACCUCAUGGUACUAAUUUACUAGGAGCUGUGGCUGUAGCAUGGAAUGAUAGAAGGAAAAAAGUUCAUGGUGGAGUUAAAAAGGUGAUACCAGUACCAUGUGAAGAUCAGUUAUUAUUAGUAGAAUUAGUUAGUUCUAUUAAAGUUUUACCAACAGAUACACUUAUACAAACUAUAAAACAAGUACUAAAACAACCACCACCUACAGAACUUACAAAUAAGAAAUCAGUGCCAUUAGAGAUCAAUAUGCUGCAGUUUUUCUAUGCCUAUGUUGAAGAAAUUACUCCCACUCAGAUAAUGGAUUCUUGGCAGAGUUUAUUGUCUUUAAUGAAAGAUAGUUUACAAUUAAAUCUACCAGCACCAGGACAGUUUUUACUCUUACAAAUAUUAAAUGAGUUUGUACAGAAGAUGCCUACAAUGGAAGAUAAAAAACAGCAAAAAGAAUUACAGGAUAUAACACAAAAGAUAUUAGAAGCUGUAUCAUAUAUAGCAGGCUCAUCACUAGAACAGACCACCUGGUUACGACGUAAUCUAGCUGUUAAACCUGGUCCACAGAAUCAUAUUGUACAAGAUACAGAAGAUGUAGAGGCUAGCGAGGAUAGUGAAUCUGAAGUAGAAGAAAAACAUGUUGUAGAGAAACAUGUUGUAGAAAAACAUGUUGUUGAACCACAAUUAAAUCUUGAGAUCAACUCUAAAUAUAGUGUUCAAGCUUUAUCAUUACUAGCUGAGUUGACAGCACCACUAUUAGAUGUUGUAUAUGGAAGUGAUGAAAAAGAUAAAAUAAGUCCAUUUAUUAAUACUAUAUUAUGUAAUGUCUUUCCUUAUUUAAAAAGUCAUAGUAAUCACAACCUUCCGAGCUAUCGAGCUAGUUCUCAGAUAUUGAGUAGUAUAAGUGGAUAUCAGUAUUCUAGAAAAUCAUGGAGAAAAGAAGCAUUAGAAUAUUUACUAGAUCCAGCGUUUUUCCAGAUGGAUGUAAAAUGUAUUAGAUAUUGGAAGUUUAUUAUUGAUAAUUUAAUGACUCAUGAUAAAACUACAUUUAAAGAUCUUCUUAGUAGAGUUGUGAUGACACCUAGUGGUGGUAUUAAUUUAUUUAGUUCUAAAGAACAAGAGUUUGAACAACGUGCUCAAAUGUUAAAAAGACUAUCUUUUACUAUAUUAUGUAGUGAUAAAGAUCAAUAUCAACGAUAUAUGCCUGAUAUACAAGAAAGAUUAGCUGAAAGUUUAAAAGUAUUACAAGUACCAUCUGUACAAUCUCAAGUAUUUCUAUGUUUCCGUGUAUUGUUAUUACGAAUGUCACCUAAUCAACUAACAUCAUUAUGGCCUACUAUAAUUACUGAAAUGGUACAUGUUUGUUUACAAAUGGAACAAGAAUUAUCAACAGAUACUGAUGAGUUCAAAACCCAGUUACAAAGAAUAGCUGCUUUAGAUUCAAGUUGGGCUCAUCUAGGUAAUGGAUUAAAUGCCCACAAUAAUCCAGCGUGGCUACAGUUAUACCUCAGUGUUUGUAAAUUAUUAGAUCUCUGUUUAGCAUUACCAGCUGAUAGUGUACCACAGUUUCAAUUAUACAGAUGGGCGUUUAUUGGAGCAGCAGCAGGAGAAGAUGAUGUAGAAGAUGAAUUAGAAGUGAAAAAAGAAGUAAAAGAUAAACGUCUGAUGGCGCCUAGUUUUGUUCCUCAUAUAGUUCGACUUUCUAAACUCUUAAAUAUUAGAUUACAAAGAGAACCUGGUUUGAUAAAAAGAAUUCCUGGUCGGCCAUUACUAUCACUGACAUAUCUACGUUCUCUAGUAGAGUUACAGCCCUUCUUUAAUACAUUAUGUCACGCCAGUCAAAUAGAGAGAAACUUCUCUUCACACAAUCACUCUAAUAAUGUCAUGCCUAAAUCCAGAUCAGCACCAAUAUUUGAUGAACUUAGUGCUAGUUACGUACAUGAUUGGCAGUCAGAUUUACCUAAAUCUAAUCUUCAGUUUAUAGAGGAAUUGGUGGAAAGAGACUUUCUUGAUCCUAUAACACAUUAG